AUAUGCUGAAACGCAACACCUGCAUACCUGCUCUUAUUUCCACCUCUGGGCUUUGUGGCACAGCAGCAGUGGCGUUAUUCCCCCUAAAGGAGCGCAAUUCCAAACAUAUGUUACAGUCACUGGUGCUGUAUGAAUAUGGUGUGACUCCAGUGACGGUGACUCCAGUGACGGUGGGUCCAGUGACGGUGGCUCCAGUGACGGUGCUUCCAGUGACGGUGGUUCCAGUGACGGUGGUUCCAGUGACGGUGACUCCAGUGACGGUGGUUCCAGUGACGGUGGCUCCAGUGACGGCGGCUCCAGUGACGGCGACUCCAGUGACGGCGACUCCAGUGACGGCGGUUCCAGUGACGGUGGCUCCAGUGACGGUGGUUCCAGUGACGGUGGCUCCAGUGACGGUGGCUCCAGUGACGGUGACUCCAGUGACGGUGACUCCAGUGACAUCAAAGUUAAAACUGAGGAUUUUGUAAAUUGGCCGACUCACUGGUGGUCAGGUGUCCUCGUGUAUUUAAAAUCAGUAAUAAA